AUUCUCACUAUGACUAGUCUGAUACCUUAUACAAAAUCGCGCGAUAUUCAUUCUUCUAUAUAUCUCAUCUUUCUCUCUUCUAUGUCUUAAGCUUCUAGAAGCAUCGUGUAUUCAUUCUCCUCUAUAUCUCAUCUUUCUCUCUUCUGUAUCUUAAGCACAUUCCUCUCGAGAUACCCCUCAUAGCUUCCAGCUUCAGAAACAUCACCCCAUUUUCAAAAUGGGCGCCGACAAGUUUGACCCAAACUUCACCCAGAAUGUCAUCGACGCCACAGGCCCCAAUGCCUCCGCUCGCACCCGCGAGAUCAUCGGCCCUCUGAUCCGUCACAUCCACGAUUUCGCCCGUGAGGUCAACCUCACCGUCGAUGAGUGGAUGGAGGGCGUGAACCUGAUCAACUGGGCGGGCCAGAUGAGCGAUGACCGCAGGAACGAGGGGCAGCUGGUCUGCGACGUCAUCGGCCUGGAGUCUCUAGUCGACGAAAUCACCUUCGCCGCAGCUGCCAACGCCCCAGACGCCCACACCGCAACCGCCAUUCUAGGCCCAUUCUUCCGCCAUGACGCCCCCAUGAUCCCCAACGGCGGUACCAUCAUCAAGAACCCUGUCGCCGACGGCAUCGUCACUUACAUGCAUGGCAAGGUUGUCGACUCUCUAACCGCCGAGCCUAUCCCUGGCGUCAUCAUCGACACCUGGGAGGCCUCUACCAACGGCCUCUACGAGCAGCAGGACCCAGAGCAGGACGACUGCAACCUGCGCGGCCGCAUUACCACAGAUGAGAACGGGGAGUAUGGAUUUUACUGUCUUAAGCCGACGCCGUAUCCUGUCCCAGAUGAUGGUCCGGCAGGGAAGAUUUUGAAGAUGCUAGAUAGGCAUCCCAUGCGCCCUGCUCACAUCCACUUGAUCACUACACACGAUGAAUAUAUGCCCAUCACCACCCAGAUUUUCUCUAGCGACGACAAGUACCUAAAGAACGACUCGGUCUUUGCUGUUAAGGACUCGCUGAUCGUUGAUUUCACGCCGCUGGAGGGCAACGAUAAGGCGACACGCGAGCUGGUUUACAAUAUGAAGCUCAAGAAGCAGCCGGUUAAGACGGCAUAAGGUGGACGACGAUGUAACGUAUGAAGUGGUUUGUAUAUAAGACUUUCGAGGAUAGUUUGCAUAAUAUGAUCUUCGUUAUAGCACUAUCCUAGGCUAGAGAUCUAAAGGAG